UAAGAAGCAGCCCAGCCCCUAACUGACCACUUUGUCACCCGCUACCAACGAGACGGUCUUCUCUCCCUCCUCUUCCACUUGGAUACACCAUCAGAGCUCAAGCAUUCCAGGAAGCGGUGCCUCGGCAAUGGAGAAUGUGACGAUAUUUGAUUCACCUGGAAAGGGGAGGGGUCUGAAGACCAACAAGGAAUUUUGGGCCGGGGAUGUUAUCUUUUCCGAGCCUAGCCUCGCAGCUGUUGUCUUUGACAGUCUUGCCGAGCGGAUCUGCCACAGCUGUUUCCGCAGACAAGACAAACUGCAGCGAUGCGGACAGUGUAAGUUCUCUCACUACUGCGACCGCACCUGCCAGCGGGCCGGCUGGGCCGAACACAAGCAAGAAUGCGCCGCCAUCAAAAACUACGGCAAGGCGCCCAACGAGAACAUUCGCUUGGUGGCUCGCAUCAUGUGGCGCCUGGACAAGGACGGCGGCGUGGUGUCAGACACACAGCUGACCACGCUGGACCAGCUGGAGGACCACAUCGAAGACAUGGCAGAGGACGAGCUGAAGGAGUUCAAAGUGGACAUCCACAAUUUCCUGGACUACUGGCCUCGCAACAGCAAGCAGCACACCAGUGAUGUCAUCUCGCACAUCUUUGGACUGAUUAACUGCAACGGCUUCACUGUGAGCGACCAGCGGGGGCUCCAGGCUGUGGGGGUUGGCCUUUUCCCUAAUCUCUGCCUGGUCAAUCACGACUGCUGGCCCAACUGCACCGUCAUCCUCAACCACGGCAAUCAGUCAGCUGUGAAUACUUUGUAUCAUUCUCAACAGAGGAUCGAGCUGCGUUCGUUGGGUAAGAUCGCAGAGGGCGAGGAGCUGACCGUCUCUUACGUGGACUUCAUCAACGUUUCGGCGGAGAGGCAGAGGCUGCUGAAGACGCAGUACUUCUUCGAUUGUACGUGCCACCACUGCAAGGAGCGCAUCAAGGACGACCUGAAGAUGGGAGGCAGGGAAGAGGACAACGUUAAGCCAUCAGAGGAGCAAGUGAAAGAAUCAACAGAAUACUGUUUGCAAAUGCUGGAGAAGAUGGACCAGGCCCGAUUAAAGGGCGACUAUCACGAGUUGGUGAAGAUCUGCAAGGAGUGCAUUGAGAAGACGGAGCCCGUACUGGCUGACACUCACAUUUACCUGCUCAGGAUGUGGAGCACCAUGAGCGAGGUGCAGGCCUACCUGCAGUACUUUGAAGAUGCUGCCGAAUACGCCCGCAAAAUGGUGGAUGGCUACAUGAAGCUAUACCAUCCCAACAACCCGACCCUGGGGAUGGCGGCCAUGCGAGCGGGAGUCACCCACUGGCAAGCAGGCCUGAUCGAGGUGGGCCACGGGAUGAUCUGCAAGGCCUACGCUAUUCUCAUGGUCACGCACGGCCCCACGCAUCCCAUCACCAAGGACUUGGAGUCAAUGCGCGUGCAGACAGAGAUGGAGCUGAGGAUGUUCAAGCAGAAUGAAUAUGUCUACCACAGCAUGAGAGAGGCAGCGCUGAAGAACAGACCCAUGACCAUGAUGCAUGAACCCAAAUCCAUGGAGGAAGGCAUCAAGAAUCUCUUCCACAGGAGGAAAUAAAACAACCACGGAAUGUCAUCUCCAUUACACGUUCCGCUCGUUCAGUUCCACACGCUUGCCUCAUUUUUUGCAGUAAGAAUGUCCGGGGAUAAGCUCAAAAUCAAAUUGAAGCGUGUCCUUUGCACAUUCCACCAGUUAGCAGCAUGACAGCAGUUGAUUCACAUGCGCUCUUCGAAUUCACCCCAAGAGACAAAAUAGGUGGGCGAAGAAAUUAUUUCCUAUAGAGUUGGUGUUAGAGUGACUGGUGGGCAGGAGGCAGGGUGCAUCCUGGACUAGUCGGCAGUAAUAUCUCAGGGCACAGCGACAGACGUUCACACAGCUACAAUUCGUAAGAUGCAUUUUUAUUUUUAAUACUGCGGCAGAAAGCCGAGAUAGCCGGCUCUUUCAGUUCAAAACCACACAAGCAUGGAGCGUUUUACAGUUUGAGGGGCGAAAACAUUAAAACUAACACCGUGCCGAGUAGUUAAGGAGGGUUACUUUUUAGGUGUAUUGAGUUUACU